AUGAGUGUCAAGUACGUCGUCACCAUCGCUUCCGCCUUCUCCGGACUCGCCAUCGUGGCUUGCCUCUUCACUGUCGGAGCCAUCUUCAAGGAUAUCAACGACUUGUACGACAAUGUUAUGGACGACAUGGACGAGUUCAAGGUACAGUACUCCGAUCCUAUUCCAAUCAAAUUCCCCUCUUCCAGGUCUUCGCCAACAACGCCUGGCAAGACAUGAUCCCAGUGACCCGCCCGUCCCUCGACAACCAGAGCAACCUCCGCGCCAUCUUCGGACGUGAAAAGCGUCAAGCCAGUCAAUGCAACUGCGGAGCUCAGCCAAACAACUGCCCAGCUGGACCACCAGGACCACCAGGAGCCCCAGGAGCGCCAGGAGAUGACGGACACCCAGGAGAGGCCGGAAAGGCCGGAGUCAACGGAAUCUCGCUCAUCACGCACGAAGGAGAGACCGGAUGCAUCAAAUGCCCAGCCGGAGAGCCAGGACCAGCCGGACCUGACGGAGCUCCAGGAGCCCCAGGACCAGACGGACAGCCAGGACAAGCGGGAUCCGCCGGACAGCCAGGACCAGCUGGACCAGCAGGACCACAAGGAGAUGCCGGAGCUGAUGGAGCCCCAGGAGCACCAGGAGCACCAGGAGCACCAGGAAAGGACGGACAGCGCGGAACUGGACUUCCAGGAGCCCCAGGAGCCCCAGGACCACAGGGACCAGCCGGAAACGCCGGUCAAGACGGAGCCGCCGGAGCCCCAGGACAAGCUGGACCAGCUGGACCAGCUGGACCAGACGGACAGCCAGGACAGCCAGGAUCCGACGGAGAAGCUGGACCAGCCGGAGCCGUCGGACAGCCAGGAGCCGAUGCCGCCUACUGCCCAUGCCCAGCCAGAACCGGAGCCGUCGAGAACAAGCCGGAGUCCAGCGGAUACAGAAGAAGAGUCUCGAAAGUUGUUUAA